ACAACAGACCAACACACCCCAGACGUAGCAAGGCAACGGGGAUGCUAGCUGCGAAAGUGACCUUGCCCGUGGGUGGACCCUGCUGUCUUCAAGGUGACAGGCGAGCACCCGCGUCUGGGUUGUUGGUGAAAGGGGCUGCUGUGGUUUGAGCGAUGGGGAAGAUGGCGAGGAACAUAGUUCUCGGGUGGAUGGUGUUGCUACUCGAGCGCAGCAGAAGCAACCCGAUGACCGCGAUGGUGGUGGUGCUUACCAGCACCGGCGCGAGGCACCGGAAUCGGUCCGCUGGCGGGAUCGUCGUCUCUGCUAAGCUUAGCGAUGGAUCCGCUGGCUGGAGUCAAGAGCAGGAGGAGGAAAGAGCUGAGGAAGCGUCAGGAGAAGGAGCAUCGGCUGGGCUGGUGGCGACAAGCGGGCACGAGUUGCGGAGAGAUUGGGAGUCAGGGUGGGGGCCGCUAGAUCGGCGACGGGACCCCCACCCCAGCGCAUAUCCCCCGCCGCCCCCUCCAGCAGAUAGCAGAACAAACUUUGGCGAGGGAUACGGAAGCAACAACCUGUAUAGCGAAGAGCACAUCGGCAGACCAAGACCAAGACAACGACGAACGGGCGGUCGCGGACGACGGCUGGAUGCCCAGCUCAGCGGAGGGGUGGGGGCGGGGAAAGGGUCGGUACAGUGGGCCCGGACAGAGGAACAAGCGUGGGACUGGGGAGUCCCGCUGGAUGCCAUGCCUCCGGAGUUCACUGCGGAAGAAAUGGAGGAGCUAUCUCGAGAACGAGCCUACCUCAACGGGCUAGUCGAGGAGACCGCGGCGGCAACGGGACAACAGGCGUGUAAUCUAGCUUUCGCCAAGACCCACAAGACGGCGUCGACGACCAUGGCGAUGAUACUCGUGCGGUACGCGCGUCGACACGACAUGAAGCUUGCCUCGUUUGGAGGUAACCACGUCUCAGCAAUCCCGCUCACGGAAGCCGUGCAACAGAUAGAGGAGAGCGGCGAGCGCGUGGAUGUGAUGCACUACCAUUACACCACUUACGGCUCCUUCGAUGGGAGGUGGGCGGAGGCGAAGGCCAUGUACGAGAAGAUCAUGCGGGAGGGGGAGAGAAUAAACUACAUCACCGUCGUGAGAAGUCAGCGGUCACACUUCCUGAGCUACUACUACUACUACGUGCAGCCGGAAGUACAGUUGUCAGUGCAGCACUUUUUCGGAAGCAAUCGAGAAGACCCCCAGUUUCAGUACCAACGGCGGAGGCUAACAAACCCGCUUUGUGCGGAGUUCGGAAUCCACAACGGUGAACAGCUGGCCCAAUUCAUCGAGACGGAGCUGCCGGACUUCCGUCUGGUUUUGCUGACUGAAGCGUUUGACGAGGGCUUGAUGAUGAUGCGGCGGAUUCUGGGGUGGGAGAUGAUCGACAUGACCUACUCCCGCAUGAUGGAGACGAAGGCUGGGGGGACGCGGUGGGACGGAAAGGAACUCAAGAAUGUUCCACGCUGGGAAGAUUUGCCGACCUGGGUUCAAGACAGGGUGGACGCCAACACCGCUCUGGACAAGAUGCUGUACGACGCGGCCGUAAGGCAUUAUAACCAGAUGAAGGCCGUUGCGGCCAUCGAGAUCGAAGAUGACCUCAAGCAGUUCGAAGAGCUGCAGAAGGUAGUCAACGGGUACCUAGCGCUGAACUCGUCGAGCGAAGCGAUUCGCUGGUACUCAGGGAGCGCGCAGCCUUACCUGGGAGGAGAACAAUUUCACCCGUUCUGAUCGUCUCCAUUCCUUCAAUAGCCGACAACAUCGUUCUGCAUUGUAAAGAUGGUGAAUGGUUCUUCUGGCGGUGCGACCGGAGCCGGGGGGGCGGUAGAGGCUGCCGCGGUUUCGAGCAAUGGAGAGCCACGCAAUCAGUCCAUCGCGGUCAGGCGUUGUGUUGUUUGGUUGGCGCUCCUCUCUACCUUUUGUUGGCGUCCUCGUCAAUCGAGGUGCUGGUGUUGGUGUAUUUGUUGUUGUUGUUUUUGUUGUUGCUGUUGUGUUGUAGGUGUCUGCACCUGUUGUAGGUGUCUGCACCUGAAAAGCCGUUGGGGUGUUUGCUACCGUAGCUUCGAGACCGGUCCACCUCACGGGACGCUUUCCGUGGCGUUCACAGCCCAGCGAUCUCCCCGAAAGGCUAAAUACACACUCAUGUGUCGCUAUUUUGUGUACCACUCAGCGCUAUUCUUGUCCCGGUGCUUGGCUUGGCUUAGAUUCUGCUAUGCUGUCGACAUCCACGUCCAUGAAAUCGCUAGCUGCUGCUGCUGCUGCUGCGUUGGGUGCAGGGUUGUCCAUGCCGGCGGAAGGGGUUUGCAUUUUUCGGAGUCGGCGCGGUGUUUGCCCUCCACCCGCCCGCCCCGCGCUCAGUCAACGUCUCGCUAAAGUGUUUAGUUUAGUGUGUUUUCGGACACAACGAUCGAUCUUUGACUGGAGGAGGAAAGGAUCACUGCGCACCUACAACCGUAGGGGAUAGCUGAUUCGGUGGUUCGUUUGUGUCGAUCGAUGCUGUGAUGGGCGCUGCCAUCCAAUGUUUGUUGUUUUGGUGACACCCCGGUGAUUUUUGUUUCCUUUUCAAGUGGGUCGUACAAGGCGGCGGUUGGGGGUUGGUCGUGACAUCUUGUCGGUUGUGAUGCGAUUGCCACAUCUGUGCGUUGCGCCCGGAACGGGCAAGGCUAAAGGUGCUAGAUGGUUGCGCGGGUUGACCAGCUGUGCCGUCUUUUGCGCUGCUGCUGCUGCUGUGCUGUGAGAUGCCGUGUACGGUGGGGGGGGCGAUAUAGUCUGGUGCCAUCCUGAACACAACCUUGAAGUCGGGACCCCGAAAGUUUCGCGUAUCGGAUCAUGUAUAGGUUUUGGCCAUAGUCGGCAAAUAUCGUGCCAAGAGGCUUUGAACGCACAAUCUCGACUCCUUGUUGGGAACCUACCGACCCUAACCUAGCGGACAGGAGCUGUCGUGUUUCUGCGGGACGAUCUCAAGACUAACAAGGCUAAACACAACAUUAUGUCUGGCGCAGCAUGUCCCCGGCCAACAGUCCAUCGUGGUCAGUUCUUUCGCAGCAUCAGCACGUGCAAGUGUGGAGUCUGCGUUGAAGCCAGCCCGUAUGGUCGAUGGACGGACGUACAUGCUGAUCCACUCAUGGCCUUGGUAGCGUGACCCUGCAAGUUCUUUGUGGAGGAGUCUUUGUUCUUAGUUGCAGUUAGCUCAGUUUUUUUGUUUUUGUCGCGUGCUUGCAUUCGAGAGCUGGGGGGGGAUGGCGAGCGGUGUAGCAUUUUCGUGAUGCGCCAAUCGCUGCUGUUGCGUGUGUGUUUUUUUUUUCAUGCUUCCCACCGGACGGAGAAGUCUUCAUGCGCUCAAGUGGAGUGAGUGUCUUGUGCUGUUUUUAUGCUCACGAUCGAGAGGUUGUCUGUUUUCUCUUCUGCUAUCGCCGUGCGCCAAUCCGUUCUGUGUUUCCCCCAACAAUUGGCUGGCGAAUAAGAAACAGCAGUUGCAGGUUUUUUUUUUUGGUACAAUUAUACAUUUUGUUUUUCUGUUGUACCAUGACGCCCUAGAAAUACAGUAUGUUGACGGCUGAUUAUGACUUCCGUCGACAAUCCGUUUGAUUUGCAUCGUUUGGUACCAUCAUGACGAGCAGCAGGGCGGCUUGGGGGGGGAUUUAUUUUUCGUCGUGUGGUGAACGCGGGGCGGUAUGCAGGGAGAGAAAAAUACAGUGUUGUGCAGUGUUGGUUUUGUUAACACUUUGUGUUGAAUGGAUGGUUCGGCAGCGUUGUGCUGUAUGUUUCUGUGUGCGGUAAGAUUUUUAGGGAAAUAGACAAAAGUGGGUAUACCCACCCCAUUCUCGGACAAAAGUGGGUACUCGAAAAUCCAGCGCGCGCGCACUCCAUAGGCGGCCCCCAAACGACUCAAAAACCCCAUGACAACUGCGCGACACAGCCAGGGACCAUACACAGCCUGGGCAUCGAUUUUAUCCCUUUCAGGCACACCUUUGGCCCUAAUACCGCCGAGGCGCACAGGGCCUCAAGAGAGUACCCACUUUUGUCCGACAUCGCGGUGGGUAUACCCAUCGGCGUCAAAUAAUCCAGCUGAAAUAAUCAUUGUCUAUAUUUUGACCCACUUUUGUCCAAAUUGUGUCCACUUGUGUCCACUUACGGACGGCGGAAAUCGAGCGGAAAUCGACCUCCACGUCACCGCACGGCAGAACAUCGAAUAGCUCGUAACGUCUCAGAACCUCCCAACACCGUAUGUAUCCAUGCCAUCUUUCGUAUCCAUGACUGCCGAUUGCGGACCGACCGCGGAGGAACAUGUCAGAUACAUGCCAGGCCCCUUAGGUACCGGCACGGGAGGAUACCAGGUACGGGAAGAUGCUCGGGGCAAGGCCGGCAAGCAGCG